AUGAGGGUGGUACGAAGUCCGCUAUUGCGGCCGACAAUUGAUUCGGCUCUGGCACCUUAUAUUGUAUUCAGCUGCAUCACUGAGGCACACUGGGUAAAAGCCCCCCAGCGGAUCGAUGAUGUGUUGUGUUCUCGUGUUCUCCAUGGGAGGAUUGUGGUGUUCAUACCUUCAUCCUACCUGAUGACUAGAAGGGCCGAAACCACAGACCACUCGGACACGGACCAUGUGGCUGGUAUUUUCAUCCUUCGGAUAUGCACGAGGGUUUUGCGGGGAGCGCCGACGAGAUAUAUCUUCCACCCUUUGAGUGCAUCUAUUAUCGUUAACAAUGUACGGGACACAAGAUUGCUGACUUUGAGCAUUCUCCUAGAACGAUGCAAUCUGGAAUUGUGGCUCCCAGGAAAUCUAUUCAUAUCCUUAGGACCAAUUUUUUAUGUUCCUAAAAACUUUGCGAAGCCAUUCUGA